UGAUUGUUCAUUCAAAUUCAUUGAUCUGCUCCCAAAUCUGUAUAAAUUGGAAGAUCAACCAUGUUUAAUAUUAGACCUACUAUAACUUUCAAUCGUUUGUUCAGCUACCAAAAUUACUUAAUUGCAGUUUCGACGAUAUCACUGCUUUUGGCAGUUGGCGAUCGCGUAUGGAUCCAACUCAUUGAUGGUGAUGUGAUCAUGCGACGCGGAUCACGUUCUGAACUACCGGAUCCUCAAUUCAGCGGGGUCUGCUUCACAUCUUGGGUGUGGCUGAUCAGCGCCAGAGUUUUAUUAGUCGCAUUGAACAUCAGCUUCUUCACUGCCAUGUGGGUGAUACCGAAUGUUCUAGAAGAAUUUGUCCCUUGCAGAUAUGAGAUGAACGUGAGAUACACGAAUUGGUUGGCUCACAGAUUCACGGGAGUUUGGCUGAUUGCAGUACCGGCCGUUUUACAUGUGAUCGUUCUUUUGUUGCCGACUGUCACAGAUACAAUUCCCAUGGAACUUAAGUUCGACGGUUUUGAUUGGUCGAAUUGGUGGGAUCCUUUCGUGAAAACUUUUCAGAAGUACGUGACUUAUGAAAACGUUUUUCUUACCUGGGACGAGAUUUUCAGACUUGUUUUGAUUAUUUUAAUUUUCUGUUUUAUGCUACCUUUGAGUCGGUCGAACUGGAUGUUAAGGAAGAGCUAUUCGAUUGCUAUGUCCAUGCAUGCUUUCGUGGGGUUCGCUUUCAUGGUCGAUAUGGUCCGCAAAAACUCACACCCAUUAUGCUGGAGAUUCAAUUUUCCAUUUAUUAUUUUAUACUCAUUAGAUAGAAUUUUUGCGACUUUCUUCUACAGAGUGAACAGAUUUUCAGUUCACAGAAUAAUUGAAUGCAGUGAGAGUACGUAUAUUUUACUGGGUAGACUAGAAGGACUGGAAUGGAAGCAGCAAGGAUGCGCUGAUAACUUCUGGCUCCUCCAUCGAUUCCAUAAAUGUCACCUUUGCACACCUAUUUUCCAGAGAGCACAUCCAUAUACAGCCUUCCAGAAUGCCCAAUCGUACUGCCAGCAUGUAUGGAACGUUGGCUUUGUCAUCAAUACAAACAAGGCAAACAAGAACUCGUGGUCCCUGUGGCUCAAGGAAAGGGGAAAGCAAUUUCAGAAAAAACCGAAGACCUCUGCUGCUGGAAUUGUAAAUCUGGGCUACGAAGAAGCGCAGGUGGGGAGGGAAGCGUCCAACUACAACAUUGGUGCCUCAAUUGGCAUGGACACCCACGGCAGAUGCCUUCAAAACCCCAACGACCCUUUCUGGCAACACUCACAGGCAAACACUGAUGGCAACGUGGAAGUGUUCGAAGGGAGUUCAGGAGUAAACUGUGACCCUGCUGUUAAAACUAAUCAUUUAAGCAAUGAGCCCAGUCCGCAAUUGGAGUUUGCGUUGCGAUCAUGGGGUCCGUAUCGAUCGGCAUUUUACACAGCCCAAGAUUUGCGGGGCAGUUGGGGGAAGAUUUUGCUCAUUGCUGGCGGGUCCGGAAUGGGGAUGCUUCUAAGUGUCGCUGCCGUGAUCAGUGAUCUUCCAGACAGAAACGGUAUUGUCACCACAACCAUGAAAAAUUUGUAUUUCGUUUAUUCUGCUCGCGAGUUGGGCUUAAUUCGGGAAUUCUGCAAACUGUUCGCGAAAAUAUUGAUGACAGAGUUUGCGGUAGAAAAACUCCAUUUGUUCUACACUGGGAAAAACGAAAAAGAUCUUCGCGAAAUCGAAACUUUCUCAAGAGAUAGAUCGGACGUGGGGAAAAUGUUAGCAAAAAUCAAACCUGGAAGAUGCGAUUUGAAUAAGUUCUUCCCUGGGCUUGAUGGUUAUGAUCCACCCCCUCCGAAAGGACCUGGUUUAGUUUGUGCAUGCGGACCGAAAUCUCUCAUAGACGAAGUGAAAAAAGUAAACAGGGAGUUCAAAUACAGGUUGCGAAUUGAAGAGAUUUGAGAACUUGUUGAACAGAUUUGAUGACCCGAUGAGCAGAUUUGACAAAUGAUAGGAACUAAACUCACAAAAAUGAAUUUGAUACUUGGUUGGAUUGGUGGAUUUUUAAACUGAUAAUUGUCUAUAGACUCAACGCUAGUAGAGGUUCAGUUCAUAGGUGUCUAACGUGGUGAAAUAGUUUGAACAAACAAUGCAUACUUGUUUUUUUUUGCGGGAGACGACCAUCCAUCGCAAGCGACAAUAGCUCGCAGGCGAGGACAAAGAUAGUGCCAGGUUUUAAAAAGAGACUAAU